GUUCUGUCUAAAUGCCCAAGGGAGACAAGUGGAAGCAGCGCCCAGCCCCCUGCCGUCAUCGAACAGCUUGCCGGAGAAAGAGCCAAUGAGACGCGUCCCAAAGGAGGAAGCUUGAUCCCUCGCGUCAAGAGCUCUCGUCGCAUGCGCCUCCCACUUUAAACCAUCGGGAUCAUCCAACAAAGAACCACCAACGACUUCAAUCUGUUUCCUCAAUUAUCAAUUCCGAUAUUUCUGAAACAGCCAUUUUGAUUCAUUUCAUAACAUAAACAACACAACCACAUCCAAACCAUCACAGCUUAGCAGCAAUGGCGACACCCACGCCUACGACCGGCACCUCAACGCCGCUCCAGCUCAACCCAGAGGAAACCACCAAGAGUCUUAGAGUAUCGCUUGCCGACCUCUCAGCCAAGGCUGCCGCGCUAUAUGCGCACAAGCAGUAUGAGGACGCUUCCGAGGUGUACGCUCAGGCUGCCGAGAUGCAGGCCGAGAUGAACGGCGAGAUGAGCCCAGAGAACGCCGAGAUCCUAUUUCUCUACGGCCGCGCACUGUUCAAGGUCGGCCAGAGCAGAAGCGACGUUUUGGGUGGCAAGGCCCCAGAGGCGAAAAAGCAGCCGAAGCCUGCGAAGGCGGCCGCCUCCAAAAACGGAGGCGCGCCCGCUACCGCCAGCAAGAAGGAUGGGGCUGCCGAGACCGUUGGUGGCGCCGCUGCUGCCCAGGGGGCGGAAAACCAGGAGAACGAGGAGCCACAGCCCGAGCAGAAGAAGGCCCUCUUUCAAUUCCAAGGCGACGAGAACUUUACCGAUUCCGAAGAGGAAGAGGGAGACGAAGAGGGCGAGGGCGAAGAGGAAGAAGAGGAGGAGGAUGAUUUGGCUGUGGCGUUCGAAAUCCUCGACCUCGCGCGGCUGCUGUUCAACAAGCGCCUUGAGGACGUCCAGGCAGAGGACGAGGCACAACAAGGCAAAGGCAAGGAAGUCGCCGAAACCGGUAGCGAUUCCGUUGCCAUCAAACACAUCAAAGAGCGCCUUGCCGAUACGCACGAUCUCCUCGCGGAAAUCUCGCUCGAGAACGAGAGGUACCCGAGCGCCAUCACCGACUCCCGCGCCUCCCUCAAGUACAAAGAAGAACUAUACCCCUUCGAGUCUGAGAUCAUCGCCGAAGCCUACUUCAAGCUCUCCCUGGCCCUCGAGUUCGCCUCGACCACUAAAGCCGCCGAUGACACCACCGGCGGCGGUGAAGCCGAGAACAUCGACCAAGGCCUCCGCGACGAGGCUGCCUCGGCCCUCGAAGCCGCAAUCAACAGCACCAAGCUCAAGCUCCAGAACAAGGAAGUCGAGCUCGCGACCCUGCACAACCCGGACGACAACGAGGCCACCCGCCGCCAGAUCACCGAUGUGAAGGAGGUAUUAGCCGACAUGGAGCAACGCCUGGUGGAUCUGCGUAAGCCGCCCGUCGAUAUCAACGCGGCGCUGGGGAUCCCGCCCGCGCCGAAGCCCGAGGUGUCGGAGGAGGUCAAGCAGAAGGCCAAGGAUCUGUCGGGGCUGGUAAGGAAGAAGCGGAAGGCCGAGGAUAUGAAGCCCGAGGAGGGAGAGGCAAAGAAGGUGCGGGAAGGUGACGUGGACCUGAGCUAGGAAAGGGUUGAGUCUCGGCUCCUGGCUAUGGGUUGAGGGGUGGAAGCUUCUGUUUUUCUGGAUGGUGAGGAAAAUCCCUGGUUGGGUUGCACGCAUGGCAUGUUUGUUGUAUGAGUAUUCCUUGCACUCUUUUAUUGUCAUUCGGGUCGGCGCACUUGAGGUCUGGUUUGUAUAAUUUCCUUUUAUGGCAGAAAAGGUUGGUGUGCGAGGUGCUGGCUGGCACGUACAAACAUCGGUUAGGCAGGUAGCUACUGGGACACAGAACACAAAACAAUGCGCAUCCAUCCA